GAUGAUGACGAUGACGAUGAUGAUCUAAAAUUUAUACAGAUAUUUUUAGUAAUAAAGUGUCAAUAUUCAAGGCCUUUUUUUCAUUUUACUAUACAACAUAUGAUCUGA